AUGCACAGACCCCCACCUUGGUCUCUCGUCCUCGCUCUUGUCCUCCUUUCCCCAGCCCUCAGCAGCGAGGACAUAAACUAUGAUCCUGCCACAAACUACCGUCCAGAAAACGUCACCGGUCUUGAUUACUACUACUAUCCAUGGGUUGGCUCUUACUACAACGGCACGGCAACAUUCACAAUCUCAGGCCUGUCCAUCCGGUCAAGGUCCUACGAUGAAGAUGAAGACCAAGAGCUUUGUACCCAGCUACAGAACUACACGUACACACUCUCCUAUCCAGCUCUGCUGGCAAUCACAGAGACGGAGCCUGAAGAUGAACGGCCGGAAAACACAAACCCAGUAAAUGUGAUUUUGUCAACCUCAUACAGCAAUUUCACGAAAUACUUUAAUGAUUACAUGGACUCGAGCAAUAUGCAGAUAAGGGACGAGCCGUGGGUCUUUGAAAGCAUAGAUGUUUCUCGCCGCAUGUAUGGAUAUGAAACUACCGAUCCCAAUUUCAAUUUAUCCAUGGUUGAGUCCACCGGGGCUGAUACGCCCUACCGCGUCACCGGAUCAUCCUCGGGUGAAGACAAUUCUCUCCAAGGACUCCAGACGAAUAUGAGUUCCUGCAGCAAGAUAGAGGAUUGGUGGGGGGUGACAUUCUACUCAGGGAUCGUGAUGCCGGCGCUGCAGCUAACGUUUGAUGCGCACGCGGCGAGUUUCAUGCUCGCGUCUGGUGCUGUGAUGAAUACAUUGGGUACUAGCAAUAGCGACGACGACAUGCCGCAGCUGGCUGGUCGGAUUGCGGUGGAGUUUCUGGGAAGGAUAGACGAGGCAAGGUCAGAUGUUUUGGUGUCUCCAGGGAGUGAGGGAGAACCCAGGUGGCUUCGGACAGUGGGCUUUGGGAACAACUCGGCGAAUCUGGAUUACAGUCUUGAGUCUGCGGCUUCGAACCCGGUAACGACUGGGAGUGCUUUAAUUGGUGUGCUGGGAGUGGUGGGAUACCUGCUUUUGUAG